AUGGAAAAUGGUGAUACGGAAACAUCUCACCUUAGUGGAAGCAAUUUUUUUGCGAAUCUGUUUUUUUGUUGGUUUCCGUCAUUUAUAGCUGCUGGUCUUAAGAAAGAAAUCGGUGAAGAUGAUAUGGGUGUAAUAAAACCACACAAAUCCAAAUAUUUGUCUGAUAAACUAGAAGCUUUAUGGGACAAAGAAUUAAAAAAGUCAAAUCCUUCUUUGUUGAGGGCGUUAUUUAUACUUUUUAAAUAUGAACUACUCUCGGCAGGACUUUUACGGAUUUGUCUUGAUUCCAUUAAAAUAUCGCAACCUGUUUUAAUUUCAACAUUGGUUUUGUAUUUUGGACCUAACCAACAAGAAGUUUUAAGACAAAACAUUUAUAUAUGUGCGACGUUAUUAGUUAUAUCAUCGCUUUUACAAGUAUUGUGUAUUCAUCACAAUAUGAUGUUAGUGUUAACUAUAGGAAUGAAAAUAAGAAUAGCAGUAUGUGCUUUAAUUUAUAGAAAAGCGUUAAAGUUGACGAAAAAUGCUCUUGGAGAUACAACAAUAGGACAGAUGGUAAAUUUGUUAUCAAACGACGUAGGAAAAUUUGAUUUAUCUUGCCAGUUUAUUCACCUGUUGUGGUUAGCCCCGUGUGAAAUAAUGGUUACUAUGAUUUUGUUAUAUAAAUUUGUUGGUAUUACUGGACUUGUAGGUUGUGGUUUUUUACUAACAUUUUUACCAUUUCAGCCCCUUAUGGCAAAUCUGGUGUCACAGUAUAGAUUUAAAACAGCAAUUUGCACGGACGAAAGGAUUAGAUGCAUAAACGAUAUUUUCACUGGAAUUCAAGUAAUUAAAAUGUACACUUGGGAAGAACCAUUUGCGAAAAUAGUUGAAGGAAUAAGAAAUAAAGAACUAGAUCAAAUUGGAAAAUUUUCAUUAGUACGAUCAGUCAUGCUUUCUCUAACUAUGGUUCUAGGACGACUAUCCAUAUGGUUGUGUAUCUUAACCUAUAUUUUUACAGGAAAUACGUUAACAGCAUACUAUGUGUUUACUGUGGCAUCUUUUUAUGCCUUUUUAAGAAAUUCUGUUAUUCUACUAUUUCCCCAAGCCGUUGUCCAAAUAGCAGAAGCUAAGGUAUCAAUAAAAAGGCUGCAAAAGUUUUUAUUAUUAGACGAAAUCGAAAUAGAAAAUUCAUUGAUUAAGAUAAAUAACGUUAAGAGUGAUGUAACAAAAGAGCUACAUGCAGACAAAAAAUCCGAAAAGAGUAUAGGAAUAGUACUAAAAGAAGUUUCAGUUAGGUGGACCAAUACGUCUGAAAAUGUUUUGCAUGACAUAAACUUUAAAGCCAGAGGUAAUCAAUUAGUGGCAAUAGUGGGUCAUGUAGGGGGUGGAAAGACGACACUACUUAAAGUAAUCCUAAAAGAGGUAACAGUAUUUCAAGGACUAGUUCAAGUAAAUGGAACUAUUUCUUACUCUCCGCAAGAACCUUGGUUGUUUGAAGGUAGUGUAAAGCAAAAUAUUCUUUUUGGAGAACCCUAUGAUCCUGACAAAUAUGAAAAUAUUGUACAUGUCUGUGCUUUACAAAGGGAUAUUAGUUUAUUUCCAAGUGGCGAUGAAACAUUAAUUGAAGAAGGCGGAAGCAAUUUAAGUGGCGGACAGAAAGCUCGAAUUAACUUAGCACGCGCAAUAUACAAAGAUGCAGAUGUUUAUUUACUUGAUGAUCCCCUAUCUGCCGUCGACGCAAUAGUAGGACAACAACUAUUUAAUAAUUGUAUUUGUGGAUACCUUCAAAAGAAAUGUGUGGUGUUAGUAACACAUCAAGUACAUUAUUUACAUUCCACUGACUAUAUUUACUUAAUAGAAGAUGGCACGCUUAAGAUACCUAGUACUUAUCAAAUUCUAGAGAAAUCUAAUAAAACAUUUAUAGAUCUUUUAAAUACAGCAACAUCUCAGAUAAGAAAUGAACCAAUAAAGGAUGGUGAAACAGCAGACGGUCAACUUGGUCAAUCCACAAAAGAAGAAAUUGCUCUUGGUGCCGUAUCAUUUCAUGUUUAUAAAAGCUAUUUUAGUGCCGGUGGACACUGGUCAAAAACUUUAUUCAUUACGCUAGCUUUUAUAUUAGCACAAGUCUUUGGAAGUACGACAGAAUUAUUUCUAGCAAUUUGGGUAAACGUUGAGCAGAAUAUAGCAAGAGGAACAGUUUCCGGAACAUUUUGGGAGCGAAUAUUAACACUUGAAUUAUCGUUUACCAUCUACAGUGUUUUAAUAUUUCUGAACGUUUUAUUUUCUACUAUUAAAUCAAUAUCAUUCUUUAAUUUCUGCUUAAACGCUUCAAAGAGGUUACAUAAAAAAAUGUUUUUAAACGUUCUGUAUUCUCCAAUGUAUUUCUUUCAUGCAAACCCCUCAGGAAGGAUAUUAAAUCGAUUUUCGAAAGAUAUAGGAGCUUUGGAUGAAACAUUACCAAUGUGCAUGUUAGAUGCUUUGGGGAUAGGUUUAAUUGUGGCUGCCAUAAUAAUUGUAAUUAGCAUAAUAAAUCCAUGGAUUUUGUUACCAACAUCAAUACUACUAGCAAUUAUGUAUUAUAUGAAACAUGCGUUCCUUGUAUCAAGCAGAAAUAUUAAAAGAGUGGAAGCUGUAAGUAAG